CAUCUGCUAGUCCUCGGCCCAGCUGAGAGGAGCAAACUCUGGCAUGUGUUGCAUUUAUACGCCGUUAAAUGAACAUAUUUUGAUUUGUAUUUAUCUUCCUGGGAUAUAAAUGUGAGGCAGGAUUCGCGUCUGUUGGUGCAAAUAAUGGUGCAUCUUACUGUCUGGGGAACAUAUACGAACAUGAGAUCGAUACAAGAACACGGAGAAAUGAAGAUUGAGCAGAGAAUUGAUGAAGCUGUGGCUCCUCUCAGAGAGAAGAUCCGUGAUCUGGAACAAAGUUUUUCUCAGAAAUACCCGCCUGUGAAAUUCCUGUCAGAAAAGGAUCGGAAGAGAAUUUUGAUCACUGGUGGAGCUGGUUUUGUGGGUUCCCACCUGACUGACAAGCUGAUGAUGGAUGGCCACGAGGUGACUGUGGUGGACAACUUCUUCACAGGAAGGAAAAGGAAUGUGGAGCACUGGAUCGGCCACGAAAACUUUGAGCUCAUCAAUCAUGAUGUGGUGGAGCCUCUCUAUAUUGAGGUGGACCAGAUCUAUCACCUGGCAUCUCCAGCCUCUCCUCCCAACUACAUGUACAAUCCCAUCAAAACACUCAAGACCAACACCAUUGGCACUCUCAACAUGCUUGGUUUGGCCAAACGUGUGGGCGCCAGACUUCUGCUGGCUUCUACUUCUGAGGUUUACGGAGAUCCAGAAGUACACCCACAAAAUGAGGAGUACUGGGGCCACGUUAAUCCAAUUGGUCCACGUGCAUGCUACGAUGAGGGGAAACGUGUAGCAGAGACCAUGUGUUAUGCCUACAUGAAACAGGAAGGAGUAGAGGUGAGGGUGGCAAGAAUCUUCAACACGUUUGGCUCCCGAAUGCACAUGAACGAUGGACGAGUUGUCAGCAAUUUCAUCCUGCAGGCUCUACAGGGAGAACCUCUCACUGUGUAUGGUUCUGGUUCCCAAACAAGAGCCUUUCAGUAUGUAAGUGAUCUGGUGAACGGCCUGGUGUUGUUGAUGAACAGUAACAUCAGCAGUCCAGUCAAUCUGGGGAACCCAGAGGAACACACCAUAUUGGAGUUUGCUCGUCUCAUCAAAAGUCUCGUCGUGAGCCGAAGUCAGAUCCAGUUCCUUCCAGAGGCCCAGGACGACCCACAGAGAAGAAGACCCGACAUCCGAAAAGCCGAGAUGAUGCUCGGCUGGGAGCCCGUGGUGCCCCUGGAGGAAGGUUUGAACAAAACCAUCCAGUACUUCAGCCGGGAACUGGAGCACCAGGCCAACAACCAGUACAUCCCCAAACCUAAAGCCGCCCGCAUGAAGAAAGGAAGACCCAGACACAACUGAGGUCAGGUUUCCCACCACAGACUCUCCCGAAACACCAAAAGGAUGUUAAGACUCCUCAGAGAACCCUUGAAGAGCAACUCUCUGAAAUACACUCUGGAGUAGAGCACUCUGGGAAUUGGUGUCUUUUUUUUUGAGAAGCAGAGAAAACUUUCUCUUUAAAAAAGUGUUGUGUUGCCUUGAGUUGAAGCUGCAGCUGCACUGCGGGAUAACGGCUUUCCAUACCGGAGCUUGCGUGUUGGAUGGACAAGUUCGAAUCAAAAACUUUUUUUUUUGAGGCAAGAAAUCUGAAACCCAGCCUUCCUUUUUUUCUUUGUGAAUUUGUGCUUUUGCUAUUUAAAUUGCAGACGUGAGAAUCUUGCACACAGCUCAAACUGUGCAUCAGUGCUUCGUGUUUAUUUGAUCAGUUUCUUGUUGUUUUCUCUCCGGAGAUGAGCUACAUGACUUUGUUUUUCCACUGGAUGAUUUGUCCUCUUAUCAGUGGCGUGUCAACACGCAGGAACGGGCAAAUCCUCUAGAAAGACUGUUACAGCAUCAUUACGUGAUUAUCAGAACGUCAUUGUGUUCUACUUUGUGAAAUCUCAUUUCAGGAUGUGCGUUAUCAAUUUCAAAUCAAGAUGCUAUUUUAAUAAAAUAUUUCCAAUA